AUCGGGAUGGACCUCCUAGAGCAGCCCCUCGAGGCCGUCGCGUUCCGCAUCUACUCCCUCCCCGAGGUCGCCGCGGCAGGCGCUGCGGCGUGGACCUGCCUCGCCGCCGUCCUGGCCGCCGCGGCCGCCGCCGGCGUCUGGCGCCUGCGCUCGUCUUCGACGGCUGAUUUCACCGACGACACGAAGCCCCUGCAGUUGGAUACGUCCAAGCCGCCGAUUUCAGCAUCGGAGACGAAGAGAUCGGCCGAGAGGCCGACGGAGCCGACGACAUCAUCGCCGGCGCCCUCGCCGAAGGAGAGGUACACGGCGUAUUACCAAGACAGCGGCCGCGUCGGAUACUGCGGCGUGGAGAGUGACGACGAGGAGGACGAGGAGAAGCUGGAUCCGCAAGACUACGAUGGCGUGUACGGGCCGUGGGAGAAGAAGGAUCCGUUCGAGUGGGAGGUGGUGAGGUCGCUGGUGCCUGUCGUGGCGACGGCGACCACUGACGUGAUCGGGCGGUACCGGAGCCCCAGAGCGGUCAGCGGCACCGUCGUGCGGCUGUGGGAUCAAGGCGCCGAUCACUGGGGCUUAACGGCGGCGAUACCCAGACGGGGGGUUAUUAGAGCUGGCACAGCCUCGAGCUUCUGA